CACAAAGACAUGAGUCAUUGACUCAUCUCUGCUCAUGUAUGUGGGAGAUUUGUCACCAAAAAUCACCCUCUAAGCCCAACUGCUCGGAAUAAGUACAACUGGUGUUUUCCCCGACACAUUUUAAUUCCAAAAAUAAACUGACUAGGCAAUCCUAGACUUUACCUGCCUGUAAAUCUUUAUCUUUAUCUGUUUUCUCUGCUUACUGUCUUCAGCCCCCUGCUCUGUAUAUUUGUGUUGCUUGAUAAAAGUGCAGUUUAAAUCAGUAUCAUGCAUCAAGCCAGAAUAAUCUCAUUGUAUCAAAGGAUCAAAAGCCCUCCUCCUUCUGUUCCCCUGCAGCUCUGGUAUGUUUUCACAUCAUGUGUUUGUGUAGCGACUGAAAAGGAGGAAGAGAAACUACACAGGCCACAUGAAGCCACUGCCUCCACUGACAUCACAUCACGUCAUGUCACAUUCUUGUGAAGACGCACGCAUGCAAUUCAGGAAAAACGAGUUUGGAGACAUUUCUGCUAGUCACCCUCCCUCCUGUCUUUCUGUCUACCUCUCGCUCUUUCGUGUUUAUAUACAUCUUGACAGUAUCUCCUGAUGGUGUAAUUGACUCUUCCUCCGCCUGUGACUUCUUCCAAGCUGAUCAUGGAGUACUCUCAGUCUUUCUCAACCCUCAACGAGAGGCUGAGACCUAAAAUAACAAAAAGUGAACAGCUCUACUCCUCUCUGAACAGACUGGAGGAGAAACAGUUGAACUCACUCAGGAGCAAAUCCUCAUCUUACCGACCCACAGUUCUGCCAACAGAACCCGAACCAAAGGACUGUGUGGCCACAACAGAACCAGAAGAUCCAGAGGAACCUGAAGACAACUACGAGCAGGAAGAUUUGGUCUCCGAAGAAGAAAAUUGUGCUGAUCAGUUAAAACACUUGUGCCUCAUCACCGAGCUCAGUCUAAAAGAUUUUGUAGAAGAGGAAUCGGUUGACGAGAACAGAAACACAUCCUCGCCUGAGGAGAAAGAAAAUCCAGGUGAGCUGAUCUCAGAGGGGGCAGGUGAUUCCUCAGAGUCAGUAGCUACGGACGGUGAAGGUGGGAGCUCCUUCCAGAGGAGCUACAUGAACCGGACUUUACCAGACCUGAUCAACAGUGGCAGGCCGCUCAACCGACGUCGGACACUGGGACAUGUCUCAGACACGCUUAAAGAAGUGCGCAGAGAGGUGGAGCUGUCUCGGAGACGAAGUAUCAAGCUUAAGGCACAGGUGGACAAACUACAGGAGAGCAGAGAGGGACCGGGAUGGAGCCAACACAGAGAGAGGGUCACAGAGGAGAUUCUGUCCAUACUGGGGCUACUGCGCCCGCUGACAGAGUCAGAGUCCAGCCCACCUGAACCCUCUCAUGGUGUAAACCGCCUGGACGCUUCCCUGAGCCAGCUGCAGAAUGUGGCCCGCGAACUGGCUAUUAGUCACACCAAACAGUUCAAAUCUGGAGAAGGAGCAGAGGACAGUGCCGUUCUGCAGCAGGCGUUACGGGACAGAGAUGAGGCCAUAGAGAAGAAGAAGGCAAUGGAGGCCGAGCUGCUGCGGAGUAAAACGGAGAUGAUGUUGCUAAACAACCAGCUGCUGGAGGCUGUACAGAAACGUCUGGAGCUAGCAGUGGAGCUUGACGCCUGGAAGGAGGACGUUCAGCUGAUCAUCCACCAGCAGCUGCAGAGUCAGCAGCAGGCAGAGCAGGCCCAGAAGAAGCCCUCCCGCCUGGGCAUCCUGAGGAGAACCAACAAACUGCCCAUCCAGCGGCCAACCAACUUCCCUUUGUCUACACCCGUCCCUCCCACAACCAACUCCAACCAAAUCUUCAUCCCCAGAGCUGCUGUUUCCGCUGCUCCGACUCCCUCCACUGGCACCCAACGCAACUGGAGGGAAAAGCUGAGGUGGACCAAGACUAGUCGUCAAGGAGACCAGGAUGCAGCGGGGCAGGAGUCAGAGGGCAGGGGUGACAACGGCUUCCAGGUCGUAUCCCUCGAUUGAAACAGUAAUGAUUUUGCACUGAGUACUUAAAUUAUGAUGCACAGCGCUGAUGUCUAACAAUUUAAAGUCCCCCUCUCAUUCAUUCAU